CACAGUUACACCUUUCCAACCCUUGCACCACUGUCACGUGUGCUGCCUGCUUGCAGGCUUGGGGCUCAGCAGCAGCGUGCGGGCGCUCCCGUGGCUGUCAGGAUGGAUCUGCAGCAGCACCAAACAAUAAUGGGGCAUUUUGAAAAGACGUUGAGCAUUCAGAUGUGUUUUGCCGAGUUCCUGUGGAGCUUUUGCUCCGGAAGGUCAUGCUUCUGAAUUGUCUGAUCAGAGCAAGCUAGGAAAGGUGAUGAGGUGACACCUUCCCUCAGUGCCACCGAACCCAGUGCCGCACACAUGAAAGGCUCGGGGAGGUUUUGUUUGAGUCGAUCUCUGUGGGAUCGGAGACCCGAUGUCCCCAGCGCAGCAAGGAGGUGACGUCUGUGAUGGCCAAAUCCUCAAAUUCCACCACUAUUAAUAAUGCAGCGAGCGGAGCUGAUGAGUCCUCAUGGUUGCAUCUCCACAUCCCUGAGCUGCAGGUUGCAACAGCCCCGGCAGGACAUGCUGUGGGGGCCCAUGCCCUCCAGCCCCCAUCCCACGUGUGUCUGGGCUCCCAGCAGUGAGUCAGGGCUCUCCUUGGUCAUUCUUGUGUCCUGACUGCCUCACCCCAACUCCUUUAUUUGCCAUUUUCCAACACAACAAUAACCUGUGGUUUUUCUUGGUUUCAUUACUGUUGAAAUGUGGGCUUUUCCCUUUGUUUCGAUAUCUUUAUUUAACUCUUGCUGCAGUUCCACCUCUUUCCAGUGACACUCAGGACUUUUUUUGGGCUGUUUGCUGCCGUGAUGUGGAAAUCCUGCUUCCUGCAGCAGCCACAUAACUCAUGUGAUUCCAUGAGAAAAGUGGGGGAGGGCUUUCAUUUCUUGGUGAGCAUCCCCAGAGCAUCCCAACAUGAGUGCUGAUUUUUGGCAGCGGCUGCGUCCCGUGGGUCAGCCCAGGAGCCUCUACCCAUCAGCACUGGGCAGGAGCACCCGGCAGCACCUUGGGGUGGGGGCCACACAGAUCCCCCCCUUGGCACCCACUUUUUGCUGCCUGUCCAUUGGUUUUGCUGUGGCUCUGAGUGCUCAGUCCUACCCUGAGAGCAAGCUGUGAGUGCUGCCGUGCAGCUGUGGAACAUCUGGGCUGGCCCGCCCUGCUGGCAGCACACACAGGAUGUGUUCAGGCCGUGCACGAGGCUGAGCCCUGCUUGCUCCUCAGUCGUGACAUUGCAUUACUAUGCUCUCGUGAGGUGUCAGGGUCGAGUCACCGUCGCUGUGACAGCCCAGCAGGGAGGCACUCACUUGCUCAGUGAGUCUCACUCAUGCUCACCCCUCGGAGAUGUCUUUGAGCUUGGUCAGACUUGGAAGAAAUGUGCAAGAGCAGAGCGUGCUGACACAUCUCUGUCGUGCCAGGGACACGUUCAUGGAUGGCCCUGCUGUGGUCCUCUGCUGUGCCCAGUGCGUGCAGGGCACUGAGUGUGUGUACCCCCCCUCCCCAUGGCUCGGGGCAGUGCUCUGCUGGAACCCAGGGGCUGGGAGGGCUCCAAGCAUCUCCCUCAGCCCAUCCUGACACGCUCUUUUCCCCAACAGAUCGCUCAAUGAGCAGCUCCCUGUCUGCCUCCCAGCUGCAUGCUGUCAGCAUGAGGGACCCUCUGAACAGAGUGCUGGCAAACCUCUUCCUGCUCAUCUCCUCCAUCCUGGGCUCCAAGACAGCUGGCACUCACACGCAGUUUGUGCAGUGGUUCAUGGAGGAGUGCGUGGACUGCCUGGAGCAGGGCAGCCACGGCAGCAUCCUGCAGUUCAUGCCUUUCACUAUGGUUUCAGAGUUGGUGAAAGUGUCCACCAUGUCCAGUCCCAAAAUCGUCCUGGCCAUCACAGAUCUGGGGCUGCCCCUGGGCCGCCGCGUCGCUGCCAAAGCCAUCGCUGCACUGUGAGCAUGGCUCUGCCACUGCUGUGCAGGACAGAGGUGCAGAGUGGCUGCUGGGGGACUUCCAGGAGUCCGAGUGCCAGACUGGGGCUGGGACCCCUGAAACUCUCUCCAUCACCGUGGUUUGAUGCUACCCCGUGUGAGGGCAGAGCUGGCAGCAGCAGGGGCUGCUCCCCUCCGUGCCCAGCCCCCUGUCAGAGACUGAGACCACCCCACUGCUUGUUGUUUUUCUAAUUAAUUCAUUCCUUUUGUAGAAUCUG